UUGUUUGGAGUGUAUGUGCACCUUGACAUACCACAGUUGUUUGAGCCAACUUUAGGCAAUUCAAAAUAAAUAUUGCAAACAUUAUCCAAAUCUCAGAGUUAAAUUCAUAUGCCGUGCACCUUGCUCCUCUAUACGUCAGCAUCAGUCCAGCUCCAAAGCUUCAGAGCUUCAAACAAUUACUUCAUUACCUGAUAGUAUUGGUCCCAACUAUCACCAUUUUUUAACCUAUUCUGGCCGAGCUUGUUGAUAGAGAAAACAUCUUCCAAUCUUGUUUACACUUCGCUAUUUUACUUGUUGGUCAGUUGGGAUUUUGCCAUUUUACCCGUUUAAUAUAUUUUCGACCAAACCCUUCUAACCAAUCGCUUUUUAUCACUGAAUCCGAAAAGCGUUUUGAAAGAGCUGAUAAGGGUUUUUGUUCUUACAGAGAAAAACACUCCGGGUUUUUCUUUGGCAUUGAAAAUUCAUCUGGGUUUUUCUUUGACAGAAGUUUUUUCUGGGUUUUUCUUUUUCCUUUCGAAUAGGAUGGAUUCCUUCGAGCCUAUGAUGAAGAAGCCCCGAGGCUACGACACAGGAAAUGCAGCAGGAAAUGGCUUAUCAUGGACUCCUGGGGUUAAUAAUCUUGCUGCCGGGGUAAAUAAUUACAGUACUGGUUCUAACCCUAACCCUAGUCCGAACCCUAACCCUGGCCCUGGGAUCAACAAUUAUAUUCCAAACCCAAACCCUAACCCAAACCAGGGAGUUAAUGAGGUGGCUCCUAGCAUGGGUUCUUCUUUCCCUCCGGUUACUGCAGGGCCAUACAUGGGUGGGCCAGGGUCAUAUGAGAAUAAUGGGGGGGAUUUCGUUGGAGGGGGAUUUCAACAGCAGAAUCAAGGUUAUAAUGGAAGUGGUGAUAUGGAGUGCAGGCGCUAUAAUACUCCAGAUGGGUGUCCAUACGGUGUUAACUGCCGCUUCAAACAUGGUCCUACAGAUGACAGGGAGCUGGGUCAUCAAAUGCCUCCAUCUGGAAACAAGACAAAACCUUGUAUGAAGUUUUUCAGCACAUCUGGAUGUCCAUAUGGUGAAAGUUGCCAUUUUUUGCAUCAUGUGCCAGGAGGAAUCAGCGCUCUUGGUCUGGCUCCUGUUCAAACUAUGCCUAACAAUGUGAUGCCACCACCAAGGAAACAGCCUGGACCAUCUGCAGAUCCCAGUGUGACUGUUAAUGGUUAUAAAACUCGACUGUGCAACCGUUUCAACACUCCUGAAGGUUGCCGCUUUGGAGACAAAUGUCAUUUUGCUCAUGGAGAAAGUGACUUGCGACCCCCAAAUAAUCUUCGUCAGCCAAACAGAUCCAUGACAAAUGAAGUUCCCAUGCAAAGUGCUCCUGUAAUGUAUAAUAAUGGUCCUCCACCAACAUAUCCCAACCCAGCAGGCUAUGCAGAUACAACAGGAUAUGCAAACUCAGCUACCUAUUCUGCUAACACAUUCUCCAAUACACAGACUUAUGCUGAGCCUACUCCACCAGGUGUGGUGGCUAAUACAGCUUUCGUGCCAAAUUAUAAUGUGUCUGUGGACAAUUCUUCUCAAUUUACAGGCACUGAAGGAACAGUACCGGCAGGAACCAUAAAUGGUAAUAAUGUACAGGUGUAUUGAUAAUACAGCAAUUGAUUUAUGGAUUUCUAGUUUUAACUGCAUGGCCACAGAUUUGCAAGUACAUGUUUUGUACAAGAAGAUGGUGGUAGUCCAAUUCAAAUUUCCGGGGUAAUUCAUGUAUUGGGAACUGUAGUUUACAUAAAUUUAGGGACGUAGUUGUAGGACACUUUUGUUCCGAAGAGGUUGAGGAGCAGUGUACUCGUUAGUUUAGUAUUUCUAUUAUAUGUGGUAGAUGAUCUGAUUUUUUGGAUAUACAGUUCCACUUUUGUUAUUUCUUUGAUUUUGUACUCUGGCAAUAAUGUUUCAAUUUUGCAUUUAA